GAGAGAAAGAAAGAGAGAGAGAGAGAGAGAGAGAGAGAGAGAGAGAGAGAGAGAGAGAGAGGUGAAAUGAAUUAAUUAACCAAAUUUAACUUUCUACCCUUUGAAACGGAUCACCACGCUAUAAGCCGGGGUGCGUUUUUAAUAAGAUUCCAGGAGGAAGUACUGCUGCCUGCUCUCCCGCCGCCAUGGCGACCGUCGUCAUGGAGCAGAUCGGACGACUCUUCAUCAACGUGCAGCAGAUCCGUCAGAUCCCUCAGCUGCUGGAGACGGCCAUCCCCACCCUCCCGGGUACAGUGAAGGACUGCGAGGUCCCCUGGGUCUUCAGGGAGCCCCACAUCCUCUCCGGCUACCGCCCUCACCACCAGAACUGGCGCUACUACUGCCUGACGCUCUUCCAGCGCCACAACGAGGCCGUCAACAUCUGGACACACCUGGUGGCUGCUCUGGUGGUCCUGGUGAAAUUCCGGCAGCUCUCGGAGACCAUAGAUUUCCUGAGGGACCCUCACGCCCAGCCUCUGUUCAUCGUACUGCUAGCCGCCUUCACCUACCUGUCCUUCAGUACCCUAGCGCACCUGCUGUCUGCCCGCUCGGAGCUCUCUCACUACACCUUCUUCUUCUUAGAUUACGUGGGAGUUGCCGUCUACCAGUACGCGAGUGCCAUGGCGCAUUUCUACUACGUGGUGGAGGAGGAGUGGCAUGCCCUGGUUGGGAGUAUCUUCCUCCCCUUGGCUGCCUUCCUGGCUUGGCUCUCCUGCACCGGAUGCUGCUACGGGAAGUACCUGAGCCACCAGCUUCCCAAGUUUGGCCACAAACUCUUCCAGGUCGUCCCGUCUGGCUUGGCCUACCUGUUAGAUGUCAGCCCGCUGUUUCACCGCAUUUACAGAUGCUGCGUGACGGGCUGCUCGGACCCGGCUGUCUCCUAUCACCAGUAUCAGGUGCUGCUCUUCCUGGUGUGCGCCUACUUCUUCUCCUACCCCCACCCGGAGAAGUGGUUCCCUGGGAAGUGUGAUUUCCUGGGUCAGGGUCACCAGAUCUUCCACGUCUUUCUGGCACUGUGCACGAUGGCGCAGAUAGAGGGAGUGCGGCUGGAUUAUGCCACGCGACGGCCCCUGUACGAGCGUCUCCACGGCAACUCGGUGCACGACUUCACCGCCCUCUUCAUCUUCACUUCCUGCUGCAGCGCCCUGACUGCAUUCUACCUGCGGAACAAGGUGCGCAACAAAAUCUGCAGCAAGGAGGAGUGACCAUGGGAACGACUGUCUCAAUUCUACAGGAAGGUGCCACCGGACAGUGGCGCUUGCCGUGUCUUAAAGUAUUUUCGGAAUUUCCCAUUAGGCUAAACAUUCAUCAGUAUUUAAUAUAACGUGUUCAGGCGCUGCACAAUCAUGUUCAGUAAAAUAUGAUUCCCUGUGUUUUGACUGUUUACCACAUUUUUCCUGUAUUUUUAUGUGCCCUUGUUGACUAUCCAGGUUGUUUAUGUUCUCCGUGAGCAGCAGACCAGCUUCUGAUUCUGUCCUCUAAGUGGGCUAUGCGUUGUCAUCUGUGAGUUCUGCUGCUGUGUUUUUGUAAUAUACAGUUAAUACCUAUAAACCAGAUAUUUUCCCUGUGGGAUCGUAGGGCAUUUAACUUACAUUUCAUUUUUAAAGGUAAUUUAAGAAAUUGAAGUCAUCAGUGCAAUUCUAUGGUAAGUCCUACUUCUUGAAACGCAUUUGGAGUUUGAGCCACAGAACUUCAAUGUUAACGACAGGAAGGGGUGGGUACUAUGUCACUAUGAGUACCUGAAAGCAAGGCCAGGAAGCAGAGAUUUCUUUAAUCUAGUGUAGUACCAGGGAUCGCGUUUUCAAAUCACGUUUGCUGGAGCAUGUGUUUCUUUCAAAACUGCACAUUUGAGCCCUACACAACGGAUGGCAUUAUUUUGGCUACAAUCACGUUAACAUAUAAGAACUGCACUAAAUAUAAAUGCAAUGAGUUUUUAAAAAUACAUACAUAUUUAACAAAGUCAUUGAUUAUGAUAAAGGCUAAUCUGUAAGUAGGUUUAUUAGUGGAGCUGGAUUUUCAGAUAAAUUUGGCAUCCUUGUGAAUUUUCCUCUUCAAUAUCAGUUAACCCCCCUUUUAGAAAUAGCCAGUAACCACAGCUUCCUCUAUCUCGUGUCAAAGAGAUUUCAAAGACCUGCUGCUUCGUGUUGUAUUUCAAACUCACUCCAUUGGUCUAGCUGCACACAGUUGGCGUGACCUACAGCUCCCAGGAUACAGCAGUUUAUCAGUCGUGUUGUAUUCGAAAUAUUUGCAUAUCCUGAAUUACCAUGACAACAAGUGAGAAGAUUCUCAGCACAGUGGUAAUGUUAAUACAGGAAAUUGAUGUCAAAGCAUUGCUCAGCACUCCUUUAGCGGGUUAUAUAAGUAUUAAAUAUACAGAACCAAUAUAUGACUUAUCUUAAAGGUACACAAGUAGUAUGUGUAUUGAUUCUGUAUGAAAGUGUGCUGCACACAGGAGAAAGCAUGGCAUACGAUAUUUACAUCAUCGGUGGAUGCAUUGAUAAUCUGUAAAUAUGAACAAAUGCAAAUGAAUCCCCUCCGCUCCUCAAUUGUCAUCACUGGUAGUUUCAGGUGUGCUAUGGAGCUGCUGAACCUGUUUAUGAACUCCUGAACAAGUUCGAUGUCUCUUUCAUGUUUGUAGAGGGCUGGCUGCUCUAGAGUCAUUUAGGGGCGCAUAUUUACACAAUCCACUGCCAGUGAAUUUCAGUGCACAGGUGGCACUGUGGUAUGACUUUCAACAGUUGCAGUAACUUUGAGAUACAAUGGCCAUGUAGUUUGUUUUGCAUGUCAUAUCUUUUUUUUGGUUUGUUUCAGGAUAUAAUCUUCUUUCCCCAGCCUUCCCAGCGAUCGGUAGAGAUGAGCCGGUUCAUAACUUUUACAAUUUGAUCAUUUGAAUUUAGUGCUGAUGAAAGAUGAGGGAGAGCAAGAGCAAGAGAGACAGAAGAUAGAGAGAGACAGUCACAGAGAGCGAGAACGAGAGAGACUGAGAUAGACAGAAACCGAGGAUAGAGAAAGAGAGAGAGAGACAGAGACAGGGAGAGCGAGAGAGAUACAGAGACAGGGAGAGCGAGAGAGACCGAGAUAGAGACAGAGACAGAGUAUAGAGAGAAAGAGAGAGAGAGAGACAGAGAGAGCGAGAGAGAUACAGAGACAGGGAGAGCGAGAGAGGCAGAGAUACAGAGAGACCGAGGAGAGCGAGAGAGACCAAGAUAGAGACAGAGACCGAGGAUAGAGAAAGAGAGAGAGACAGAGAGAGCGAGAGAGAUACAGAGACAGGGAGAGCGAGAGAGGCAGAGAUACAGAGAGACCGAGGAGAGCGAGAGAGACCAAGAUACAGAGACAGAGACCGAGGAUAGAGAAAGAGAGAGAGAGAGACAGAGAGAGCGAGAGAGAUACAGAGACAGGGAGA